AUGGAUGGUUAUUUGAGGCCAGAACAGACUACUACUGAUGGUAUUAUCGUUGAUAAAUCAAUGUUUGAAGCUUACACUCAAUCUCGUCAGAUUGCUCACGACCAUCAGGUCGAGGAUAAACUUAAAAUUCCUCAACUCGUUAUCGUCCGUGAGACGAGUUCGGGCAAAUCAAUGCUGGUUCAAAAUUUUCUUCGAUUUCUUUGUUCCUUUUCACAAGCGAAUAUUGCCACCCACUGUCCAGUGGCCUAUUGUCUCCGAUAUAAUCCUCAGCUACGAAACGGUGAAAUUCGCUUUUUGCAGCCAGUUGGCCUAUCCCCUAAAGCUCUUGGUGCUCAUUUACAGGAGCUCAUGGGUCAAAUUCAAGUGUCGCACCGAACUACGGGUGGCUUUCGUUUGGAACCAUACAUCGUCGAAAUUGAAGGUAAUGAAUAUACAGAUUUCGAAAUACUCGAUGUGCCGGGUUUAAUCGUCGGCAGUGACAAUCCGGAACAUCGGGCAGCUGUUGAGAAAAUAACCGAACACUAUGUUCGAAAUCCCAAUUUCAUGAUUGUUCAGUUGAAAGAAGCGAGUCAGUUGAAAGCAAACAAUUACGGGGCUCGUCGUGUUCAAGAGCUGUGUACACUAGAUCCAGCUCCCUGCGGCUCACCACUACCUCCUCGGUUCGAUUAUCGUCAACAUAUGGUUACUGUUCAAACAAAAUUUGAAACUUUCGUGCAGAAAAACCAGAAUGGAACGGCUGUCAACCAGGAAAUAGAAACGUUGAGAGAAGAGUUUGGUGAAACAUAUUUCGUCAAUAUGAUAUUUGAUGGAUACACGUUUGCUGAUCAUUCCUACGAAGAAAGCGUGAAUUAUAUCAGUGAGCUACCAGAGUUGGAAAAGCAUCAAGUAAACGAGUGGAUAAUUACAAAACUCAAUCGAUUAGCAAAUGAAGAUGAGUCGAGAUAUCACCCGUUUAAUCAGAAAUAUCGGUCAUAG